AUGCAGCUUAAAUGUCUCGAAAUUUUGCUCAACGAGUUGAUGCCGACUGAAGAUCAAUCGCUGGCCAAGGAGAUUUGGAGAAGGCAGAAAUUGAUUGCGCGAUAUCCCUUUGAUCGCAAGAAGUUGGUGCAGUUGGAAGAAUAUCUUUCACGAAUAAACGCUACUCUGAGCAGUUUUAUACAAGCCCUCAACCUCGAUAUAAACAUCCGGACGAGUGACGACUUGGAGGCUUUGAAAUCAUCUCUCGAAACACUUGAUAUCAAUACCCAGACCACGCUGAGAACGAUCACCACCAGACUCGACGUCAUCGGUCCCAAAGCGGAAUUUAGCCACCUUGAACUUCUUCCAUCCAGAAUAGAAGAUCGAAUUACUACCACCAGUACUAACAGUAUCGUCUUGCACCAGGCCACCGUGGGUGUCGCAGAGACGAAGACUUCAUUCAACGGAAGUGAGCGAUCUUUCCAAUACCUCACCAGCGCCCACUCCACGCCUCGUUAUCUGCAGAAUGCCGAGCUCGAACAAAGGCUUUACAAGGAGACGUACGAGCAAAUCAUCGCCCCGGGUGCAUUUCCUUUCAGAAGACCAGGAAAAAUAUUUCAAGAACUUCACUGA